AUGGAAGCUAAUAUCAUUUCCAAUCAAUCCAAUUGGAAUGCGAGGCAAAUGCCGAACGUAAGCAGAGCAACCAAGAAAUUGAAGAAGCUACUAGACCCGUAUGUGGAUCAUAUGAAACAGUCAUACGAACUAGAUCAAAACAAUCACAUCUAUGUGGAUCCUAUUUUGACUAAACGCUCCAUUUAUAGUCCAGCAAAUUUCUCUGUGCCCGGAAGAUAUGAGAUUUUACAAGUGUUAGGGAAAGGCUCAUAUGGCACGGUGGUGUCUGCUGUGGAUAAAGGGAAUCCAACCCACGAAGUCCAACUUGCCAUCAAAAAAGUGACGAGCAUUUUUACUAGAGAAAUCUUGUUGAAGCGGGCCAUUAGAGAAUUGAAGUUUAUGAGUUAUUUUAAAGGACACAGAAAUAUUGUUUCGUUGAUUGAUCUCGAAAUUGUCAACGAAGAACCUUAUUCAGGAUUAUAUUGUUACCAGGAGUUGGUAGAUUAUGAUCUUGCAAGGGUAAUACAUUCGAAUGUACUGUUUUCUGAGUUUCAUAUCAAGCAUUUUUUGUACCAGAUCCUAUGUGGGAUGAAAUAUAUUCACAGUGCAGACGUCAUCCAUAGAGAUCUUAAGCCAGGUAAUAUUUUGUGUUCUAUCACAGGUGAAAUCAAAAUCUGUGAUUUUGGUUUGGCAAGAGGAAUUUCACCGAGUUUUACUGUCGCAGGAGGGAUAUCAAACCAUAUUACAAAUUAUGUUGCGACUCGUUGGUACAGGGCACCAGAAUUGAUUUUAUCUCAUAAACGAUACUCGAAGAGUGUGGACAUGUGGGCAGUUGGUUGUAUAUUGGCCGAAUUUUACGGACGCAAACCUGUCUUUAUGGGGAACGAUUCUUUACACCAAGUGAUGGAGAUCCAAAAGAUACUUGGUACACCAAAACAAAUUGUGAUACGUACAUAUGGCUCUUCGAGAUGUUAUGAUAUAUUCAGCACAUCCAAACCGCAAUAUAAAAAAACACCUUGGUGUGAGAUUUUCCCAUAUGCAUCAUCUGAAGCUGUCGAUUUAAUGGAAAGGCUCAUCGAUUGGAACCCAGAAGCUAGACUCACAGUAGAAGAAGCAUUGGAUCAUCCAUUUUUGCAGCAAGUGAGAAAUCCUGAAGCAGAGCCAAUUUGCCCCCAUGGUCCAUUUGAUUUUACAUACGAGAAACAUCUCUAUUCGAUGGAAAGACUAAGGGAAUGUUUAUGCGAUGAGGUCAGCAAAUUCCACAAUGAUCGCCAAACAAAAGAUUUUGUAUCUCCUCCUCUAAUGACUCCUCAUUUUAUUGCAGAAUCCAACUCAUACUAG